AUGUUCGCACUUCGCAGCACUUCCCGACUUGCGGGACCGAGGCCUCGAUUGCUCCGACUGAAUACGCUUCGAUCUUAUUCUUCUUCCUCGGAGCAGGAUAUUGAAUCUAUCCUGGCGAAACCUACCUGGUCUGUCCGGUCUCUGCUUCCAGACUCCGCAGCCAAAGAGUCCUCCCCAUCCGUCACGCCCAAGCAGCUGCAUCAUCUCCUCCGCCUCUCUGCUCUCCCACUCCCCGCCAAUCAAGAAGAAGAAGCCGCAAUGCUCAGGACCCUCGAAUCGCAAAUCCAUUUCGUCAAGGAAAUCCAGCGCGUGGAUGCUACGGAUGUUGCGCCUCUACAGAGUAUCCGCGAUGAAAGCCCGGAAGCGAUGAAAGAAAAUACCAUUGGACUGGAACAAUUGAAGGACGCGCUCUCAAAGGAACAGAUCUUUGGGCGUAGGAAGAAGAUACAGCGCAUGAGGACCGAGAGAAAUGAGCGUCCCGAUGGGAAUGCUUGGGAUGGAAAUGCGCUUGGUUAUGCGUCCAAGACCAAAGGCCACUUCUUCGUCGUCGAGACUAGCAAGGGUAACGAUGGCCAAUGA